AUGGGAAGGGUAUUUGUGGUGACUCUUGAAGGCAACAUCUAUAGUUGCAAGCACUGUGGGACCCAUCUUGCUCUCACCGAAGACGUCAUUUCCAAGUCUUUCCAAAGCAGGCAUGGGAAGGCUUAUCUCUUCAACAAGGUGGUGAAUGUCACUUUUGGAGAAAAAGAAGAGAGGGCGAUGAUGACUGGAUUGCACACAGUUGUGGACAUUUUCUGUGUCCAGUGUGGUUCAAUUAUUGGUUGGAAAUAUGAAACUGCUCAUGAGAAGAGUCAAAAGUACAAGGAAGGCAAAUCCGUCCUUGAGCGGUUUCAGAUUUCCGGGCCUGUUGGAAGAAAUUAUUGGGUGACCCUUGAUGCCCGUGUUGGAGGAAGUGAUGCCGAUGAUGUUUGA